CGGACGGCAGUGUACGAGUGACUGUCGUACGCACAAGUACUAUGUGGUAGCUGAUUACAAUGUUUAUUUACAAACGUACGAACUACGAAGAGUCGUGUAAAGUGGUCAAAUGAAUUUAUCAGCUGUGUGUGAAUAAAUCGAAUGUUUAAAAAAUAAAUUAUUGCCGUAAUAUGCUCUUGCUUUUUUAUAAGAAACGAGUAUAAAUAAUAUGUAUGUGAAGUAUAUAGUAUACAACUUCUUGUGAUUGUAGUACAUUUUUAAGUGAUGUGUAAAGUUUUAUAUGGAUUGGUAGACUUGAUGAACUCGAAGCUGACGCUUUAUUAUUAAGGUGAUCUUUUAUCCGCUUCACCAUGGCACAAGAUAACGGCAACUCGACCAUGGAGAUGGGCACCAGUGAUCAGGUCCUGGUUGCGAGUAAAAAGUCGAAGAGAGUGACAUAUGGUAUCGGUUUUGUCGCAAUGUUGGUCGCGAUUGGUGUUGUUAUUACACUUGUAGUAUUACUAACAGGAAACGAUGCUGGUUCAGCUGAUCCUAUUAUAUCGACGACAGAAGGUCCAACGUUCCCAACAACUAUACCCGUUCCAUCAACGACGACGACGACAACAACGACGACAACGACUGAGGCACCACCGUCGACGCCGGGAUUGGGAGAGAUAAAUUUGGAAGAUGUUAUAAACGGGGAGUUUGCUUCGCCAAUAUUCAAUGGGACUUGGACAUCAAAUGGAGAAAUAUUAUUCAGAAAUGCGAAUGGUGAUCUGGCGCUGUAUGAUGUUGAUUCCAAAAGUUCAACAAUCAUUGUAUCCAAUACAUCACAGAUCCUACAACAAUCUUUCCGAGUGACAGAGCUGUCGGCUGAUGGGAGAUAUGUAGUGCUUUCUUACAACGAAGAAUCGGUUUAUAGGCACAGCUUCGAGGCUCGGUAUUCAGUGAUUGAUAUCUUCACUGGUGAAGUUACGCACAUUAUACCUCCCGGGGUUGAUCUUAACGAGGCAAUUCUCCAGAACUUCGUUUGGGGUCCAUCGGGUACAGCACUGGCUUACGUUUACUUGAAUAAUAUUUACUACCAAUCGAAUUUGACGAAUGCUCCUCAGCAAAUCACGACUAAUGGACAAAAGAAUAUUGUUUACAACGGUGUUCCUGAUUGGGUAUAUGAAGAGGAGGUCUUCAGUUCUAACAACGCGCUCUGGUUCUCGCGUGACGGUGCCAGGAUGGCGUACGCGACCUUUGACGACACAAACGUUAGAGUAAUGCAGAUACCGCACUUCGGCGUACCAGGCUCCGUGGACUCUCAGUACACAACUCAUCGCGAUAUACGCUACCCGAAGUCUGGUACAACGAAUCCAACUGUUAGAGUCAGCAUUCGGAACAUCGCUACCAACGUUGUCACUGUUUUCAAUGCACCCACAGAUCUUAACGAGCCAAUUUUGAAGUCCGUUGCGUUUGUUGGCAAUGACAGGAUUGCUAUCAUGUGGACUAACCGAGUUCAAACGACUCUUCGUGUAGUAAUCUGCGCUGAGACAUCUACCACCUGCACUACGAUUUACACAUACUCAGAAGCAAAUGGUUGGAUUGAUAACAUCCCGCUGAUGUUCAACGAGCAAGGAAAUUCUUUUAUCACUAUAUUACCUGAUACGGUAAAUGGUGUUCGUUACAAGCAAAUAAUUCAAGUUACAAGUGGUACUGGAAACAAUUGGUCUUUUAGACGUCGUACCAACACAGCCCAUACUGUUGCGGAAAUCUUACUAUGGACUGCUGAUAAUACUAUUUGGUACAAAGCGAAUAGUGAAAACGACACAUCAGAACAACACAUAUACACAUUAAACAACAACGAUGACCUGUCUUGCUUCACGUGUAAUAUUGUGCGACCCGAUGGCGGUCAGUGCCUGUACAACGAAGCAGUGAUUAGCUCUGGAUCUCGUAUUAGUAUAAACUGCGCUGGACCAGACAUACCUCAAAUUUACAUUCAUGAUAUCAACGGUACUCUGGUGUAUUUAUGGGAUGACAAUUCAAGAGUUGCUGAAAUGGCGUCCACAUACACUGUGCCACUUACUUUACGGAGGACCGUACCUUUGGGAGUUGGUCUUCCUGAUGCGGAUGUUCUCCUCCAAGUACCGUCCGAUUACUUCUCACGUUCAAAUGUACCACUUUUGGUUUACGUUUAUGGUGGCCCCGAUACAGCUCUAGUCACAAAACAAUGGAAUAUUGAUUGGGGUUCAUCUCUCGUGAGCCGUUAUGGUAUCGCGGUGGCUCGUAUUGAUGGACGAGGCUCUGGACUUCGUGGAGUUGAACAUAUGUUCGCGUUGAACCGACAGUUAGGAUCAGUUGAAAUCGAGGAUCAAAUUACUGUUGCUAGGUACCUUCAACAACAAACCCAUUGGAUAGACCGUAAUCGUACGUGUAUCUGGGGCUGGUCGUACGGCGGGUACGCGGCGUCGCUGGCGCUGGCGCGUGGAGGAGACGUCUUCCGAUGUGCUAUUGCUGUUGCCCCGGUAGUCGAUUGGCGGUUUUAUGACACCAUCUACACGGAGAGAUACAUGGACACUCCACAAAACAACGUUGAAGGUUACGCGAACUCGUCUCUACUAACAGAGCAAGUGGUGGAGGCUUAUAAAGACAAACGGUAUUUCCUGGUCCACGGAACGGAAGACGACAAUGUACACUACCAGCACGCCAUGUUGAUAUCAAGGUUGCUGCAGCGACGAGAUGUCUACUUCACUCAGAUGAGCUACACUGACGAGGACCACGGGCUCGGAGGCGUGAGGCCACAUCUUUACCAUGCAUUAGAGAAGUUCCUGAGAGAAAACAUGUUUUAAUCAUUUUCAUCAAACGUUAUAACUAUAUUUAUAAAUCUAUGUAAACUACACACAUUACAUUCCAAUAAAAUAUUUAGAUAGAAUACAAUUAACAAUCAAUUAUCUUCUUAAAAACGAAUUUUGUCGUAUUACGAUGAAAUUGCACAGAUUGAAAUUGCACAGAUUGCACAAAUUGACACAUUAGCAAACAUAUAUUUAACACAGUCUUCAAAGCUUAGACCUGAGAUAUAAAAAGAGCUGAAAAAUAGGUGUAAUAGAACAAAGUAUGUCCAACAUAAGUAGGAAUUAAAUGUUACGUCACGUCAGAUAUUGACAGCGAUUGUGGAUUUUUUUUUCGCAUUCCCAUCCCAUAGUAACAAUUAACCAUAAUCGGCUGUUAAUAAGGUCGUUUUUACUACACUGAAAAACUGAAAUCUACAAAUUAUUAUAAGAAACAUAUUAUAUUGAUGUUUAAUAAAAAGAAAAAUUCGACGAUAAUCAGUGUCAUGAACAGUUCUGGUGUUAAAUAAAGUCACUAAAUAUUGUUAAAGGCAAUUGUAUUUUAUUAGUUUAUU